UGUAAACGGUUCAUAUUCAUAUUUUCAUCUCGAAUGUUUAUCAUCAUGAUAAUUGAGAUUUUGUUAUAUCUAAUUUGUUCUCCCAGUGUUUGAUUUUUGGUUGCAAAUUUGUAGUUUGUAAUCCUAACGGAAUCGAGGCACGGAAUAAAAUAAUAGUUUAAUGGUUUAUGUGAGAAGAAUUUAUCUAGUUUCUUAAUUUUUUUAAUUUUGUGUGAUUUGAAAAUUGAAAUGUAAUGUGUAAACAAUUUUUGGAAAACUGAUGAGUUGAAAUAGGAAAAGCAAAUAGGAAUAGCAAUUAUUGUUGCACUGUGUGCAAUAAUGUGGAAGUUUUGUUUGUUUCAGUCGUGACGGAAACCGUUUAAUUUCGCAAUUAUUUUUGCCUUAGUUGAUAAUUUAUGUAUUUUUUAAAGAUUUAUCAACCGACUAUUCUGUUUUUUUGUAUACUGUGUGAUUUUUUUUAUUAAGGAAAGUGAUUUUUCUUAUAUUGAAAUAAUUUUUGCAAGCUGUUCAAUAUAAGGACUUUUUCGGCUGUAUGGAAGUCUAGUCAAGCUUCUGUUCUUCAAUUUUUGUCCAGAAGGACAGAGUUUUGAAGGUCAAUCUCUUGGUAAGAUUUUCUAUCUGCGGCCGUUAUUGUGUUGUAGCGGUUGAGAAUUCGGGGUAGUUAUAAUUCUAUAAGGAAAUUUCCUUUUGAUCAUUAUGCAUGUCUGUCUCUGUGGCUACAGCUGAUAGUUUGGAUCGAACGCACUCUCUUGAUAUUUUUUCUAACAUAGACCAUAUAUCUAUAUUGACAAAUCGUGAAGCUGUUCAUUCUACUGAAGUCGCUGGUUUUAGAGUUGGGGACAUCUCUCUUCUUAAUGGUGAGUCGUAUUCUGGCUCCCUUCUUGGUAACGUUCCGGAGGGUCAGGGUAAGUAUGUGUGGUCGGAUGGUUGUGCAUAUGACGGUGAGUGGAGAUUGGGGAUGAGAAAUGGAUUUGGGAAAAUACAAUGGCCUUCUGGUGUAUUGUAUGAAGGUGAAUUCUCGGGUGGGUAUAUUCAUGGUACAGGAGCGUAUAUUGGUCCAGAAAAUUUGACCUACAAAGGUCGAUGGCGAUUCAAUCUUAAACAUGGCCUUGGUUAUCAAGUUUAUCCAAAUGGAGAUAUAUUUGAAGGCUCUUGGAUCCAAGGAACUCCUGAGGGGCCAGGCAAGUAUACAUGGGCUAAUGGAAAUGUAUAUUUGGGAAAUAUGAAAGGUGGGACAAUGUCGGGAAAAGGAACUCUUACCUGGGUAAGUGGAGACUCAUUUGAAGGAAGCUGGUUAAACGGAAUGAUGCAUGGUCUUGGCGCAUAUACUUGGAGUGAUGGGGGCUGCUACGUUGGGACCUGGACACGGGGUUUAAAAGAUGGCAAAGGAACCUUUUAUCCGAAAGGAAGCUGUCUUCCAUCGGCUCAAGAAAUAUAUCUCAAUGCAUUAAGGAAAAGAGGGCUAUUACCCGAUUUGAGAAAACAGAUCCAGGUGCAUAUUCAUCAUACUGCUUCAGUUAAUAUGGGGGACGGCAAAGCCGGUGAGAGCCAGAGAUCAAGUGGUGUUUCAUCCGAUAAGCAUGCCACAAGAAACCUAUUAAAUCUGGACCAAUCUCGCAGCAAAAAUGUUUCUCUCGAAAGGCGGUGGAGUCUAGAGGUAGCUAUUGAGAAAGUUAUUGGCCAUGAUUCACAAUUAGCUUCAACAGAUUCAGUCUUCCAAAAUGGAAAUAAAGAGGUUAAUGAAAAGAUACCAAUUUUGGAACGUGAGUAUAUGCAAGGGGUGUUAAUAAGUGAGGUAGUUUUAAAUAAUAGUUUUUCAUCACUAACUAGAAGAGCAAAGCAGCUUAAAAAAAAGAUUGCUAAAGAGAUCAAAAGACCCGGGGAACAGAUUAUUAAAGGCCACAGGAGUUAUGAUCUGAUGCUUAGUUUGCAGCUUGGGAUAAGGUAUACUGUGGGAAAGAUUACCCCAAUACAAAGACGAGAAGUUCGGGCAUCCGAUUUUGGUGCCAAAGCAAGCUUUUGGAUGAAUUUUCCUAAAGAAGGUUCUCAAUUGACACCUCCUCAUCAGUCGGAUGAUUUUAAAUGGAAAGAUUACUGCCCUAUGGUGUUCAGAAAUUUGAGAGAAUUGUUCAAGAUUGAUGCUGCAGACUAUAUGAUGUCUAUUUGUGGAAAUGAUGCUUUGAGAGAACUAUCAUCUCCAGGGAAAAGUGGUAGUGUCUUUUUCCUGUCUCAGGAUGAUCGUUUCAUGAUCAAGACACUGAGAAGAUCAGAAGUGAAGGUUCUUCUAAGAAUGCUUCCAGAUUAUCAUCAUCAUGUGAAGUCACAUGAGAAUACACUCAUUACCAAAUUUUUUGGUCUCCACAGGAUUAUACCUUCAAGUGGUCAAAAGUUUCGCUUUGUUGUAAUGGGAAAUAUGUUCUGCACAGAACUGAGGAUCCAUAGGAGAUUCGAUUUAAAAGGUUCGUCUCUUGGACGUUCUUCCGACAAGAUAGAAAUUGAUGAGAAUACCACUCUUAAAGAUUUGGAUUUGAACUACUGCUUUUAUUUGGAACCGUCUUGGCGAGAAUCUUUAUUAAAGCAGAUUGAGACGGACAGCUUGUUCUUAGAGGAACAACACAUAAUGGAUUAUAGCCUUCUUCUAGGUGUUCAUUAUCGAGCUCCCCAGCAGCUGCGUCCUCCUGCGUCCUACAACCAUAGUAUAAGUUCAGACGGUUUGGCAAGGCUUGCAGAGGAAGACCCUCUAGAGGAUGAAGUAUAUAACUAUCCACAAGGUCUUGUUCUGGUCCCUCGGGGAGCAGACGAUGGUAGUGUUGUUGUCGGGUCACACAUUAGGGGUAGCCGAUUGCGAGCAUCAGCUGCUGGUGAUGAGGAGGUGGAUCUACUUCUACCCGGUACUGCAAGACUUCAAAUCCAGCUAGGUGUGAACAUGCCAGCAAGGGCAGAACAGAUUCCAGGAAAAGAGGAUUCGCAAAUGUUCCAUGAAGCUUACGAUGUUGUACUUUACCUCGGUAUCAUCGAUAUAUUGCAAGAUUACAACAUGACAAAGAAGAUUGAACAUGCUUAUAAAUCUAUUCAGUUUGAUUCAUUAUCUAUCUCCGCCGUGGAUCCUACAUUCUACUCGCGUCGCUUCCUGGAUUUUAUCCAGAAAGUGUUUCCAUCAAAUGUGGCAGGAUGAAGUUUGAGUAACUUCAUCCAGAUACUUUAUUCACCAUGUAUUGUUCCUUUUGUGCAUGCUUUGUAAUUGUUAAAAUGUGUAUUUUUUAUGUUAAUAAAUAUGUUAAAUUUUGAUUGUCUUUUUUA